AAACUCAUUAUAUAUCUGGUGUUGGUUUAUAGCUCGCAGUGACAUUACAUUGGCAAUGUAAACUGACGGGUGAAUUUUGUUGUGAUAGCGUAAUAGGCUUUCCUGUUUUAUCGAAUUGAUGGAGAUGCUGAAUGCUCAUUCAAGGCCAAAGAACUGGUUGGAGUUGCUUCCAGGAAAACUGCGUCUAUUAUACUGUACUGGGAGACAAAUAGGAUUGACCCUUCGUCAGCCUUCUGCUCUUGUCCUGAUUGGUGACGUUUAUCUAGCUAUAAAUAGAGCAUCAAAAUUAAAUACUAGUAUUUCCUUCACAUCGGACAUUGGCUUCAUGGUCAUGAAUGGUCGAGACUGGCCUCAUGACAAAAGUGGUAUAACUGGAAAAUUGGAAGUAAACUCUUUGUUCCGGUUGACAUCUGGGAGACGGUUGUAUCUUAAGGAGGAAAAGACAUCGGAGAAGUUAUCCUUUGGGCAACCAAACAAUCAAGAUUCUUUAGCCCAGAAAUUGUCAGCUAAAAAAUGGAGGAAACUUGUCCCGUAUAAGGAGUUUCCAUCGAGCCUUCCAGUGGCCAAACUUGUUUCAGCUGACAUUGAGGUGACAAUGAGUCUCGGGGACAACCUUAAUCAAAAUGAUGUUACACCAAGCAGUAUAGUUCAAGAACUUUGCGUGCAAGUUCCUCCUGAGAUGUUUGAUUUGUCUAGGCUCGCCUGCGGAACAUAUGUGGACUCCAGACUGCUAGUCCUGCGCGGGGUCAGUGAAUCAGCUCUCUUAUUUACAAGAUCUAUGUGUUGAUGAAACCAGUAUAUAGCCAUUGCGCGCAAGUACUGUAGAUAGAAAUUGCUGUUGGGAGUGUAAUUAGCUGUUGUGCUCUUGCUCGUGUAAUUUGUACAGUCGAUUAAUCGAAGAAGAUCAACCUUUUCCAAA